UGGAAACGACAAAGAAGACGACAGGAAGUGGUACGCAGGUGAUGGGCAGCGUGUUUUUAAAUAACUUAUUGCGUUACAUUUAUUCACAUGUGAUUUUAAUGAAGUUUCUUGUUCUAUCGAAACACAGAAAUCGUUUUUUUGGACAUUAGUGGGAUAUCAGUAAAGUUUGUAUUUUUUUUCUCGCUGAAUUCAGCAGAGCUAAGUAAGGCUAGAUGUUAGCUUCUGCUGUAGCGCAUGUUGAGGUAUAUAAUUAUUAAAAUAGGCAGCUAUAAACAUUUUUAGAGGUAAUGUCAAGAAUAUGCAGAUUUGAUCAUUUCAUGUUCUGGUUCUGAACUCCUGCGAAGACCGAAGGGUCAACUGUAGAUCAAAUUUUAUUCCAAAAUGUUGAGUUUUGCUGUUUGUUGGAAAAGUCGAGGCAUACAACGUACAUUUUAAAUUGUACCUUUUAGAACAACAAUUAAAAAAGAAAAAAUUAUAUGUUUUUAAAAUAUAAUUUUAUUUAAAAAAACAAAAAGCAGGAAAUUUGUUCCUCAUCUGCAGAAUCUGCUGCUGCUCAAGUCCAAAAGAUGAAUAAAAAUGAAGUUAUAAUGAACCCAGAUGAGGACGACGGGAGUUAUGAGUUACAACCAAAACAAUAUUCAGAGUGAAAACCGGCUGAUUGGUCGAAAGUCAAGCAGGAAUGUCAGAGCAAAUAAGCCCCGCCCCCUUUAAUAACUUCCUGUUUGGAACCUGUGAAGGGUCAAGGGUCAGUUUGGCUCUGGAAAUGAUGAAGGACUUUAAAAAACACAAUCAGAGGAACAAACAUGAUGGUUUCUGUCAGCAUCUGAGCUUUGGAAACAAAAUGGAGCAAAAAUAUGAGAGGAUGUUUUUAUGCACCGAUGUUCCUAUGAAUUAUUUAUUUACAUAUAUAUUGAAACAAUUGACAACUAAUAUGGUGACUGAAUAAUUGAAUUUAAUUAUCUAUUUGCAUUACUUUAUGUAUUUGUCAAUAUUGUGCAAAAUAGGCUUCAGUGGUUAAAUGAAAAAUCUACAGAAUGUGAAAGUUAAUCGAUUAAUUGUCAGAAUGAUCAAUUAGUAAAAUAAUCAUUAUUCACCCCACUAACUCUUUCAGAUUAUUUAGUCUUUUAUUUUUUUUAUUCUGCUGCUUCAAAUGGUUUUUUAUAAUAGUACUUAUUCUCGGUUGUUGAAGUUUUAUUCUAUUCUUUUAUUCUUUAGCUCGUAAAGUUGAAAACUUUUGGAAAUUUUCUGAGAUUCAAAAGUCCAAAAUGUUCAACUUCAUGAGCUCAGAAAAUUUCUAUGUUUUUUUCUCGAAAAUACAUGAAAUUGAACAUUUACAAAACUGAUUUCAGGGUCGAAAAUUAAAGUAUGCUGAUGACACCAAGUUUCUUUAAAAAAGAAAUAACACUUUAGAUCAGUUUAAGAAUAUUGUUUACCAUGGAAACGGUUUAGUUAUUCACAUACAACUAAUAAUGUCAAGAUGUCUUUGCUAUUUAGUUUAUGACUAAACUAAACUGAAUUUAUCAAGUUAUUUUAGGUUUGCAAUUCUUAAAUAUUCUAACUUUAUUUGUUUGAAUAAUUUGCAGUAAUUUGAGGCAGCUAGUUUUUAAUUGAAGUAAACCUGUUUUCCAUGUUGCAUUGCAAACACUGAAUAGUACAAGUUAUGUUCACUCAUAUUUUUCAGUUAAAUGCUAUGUACUGUAAAUAGUCAUAUUUACUGUAACUCUGGUGGCCAACCGCCAUAAAAAGGGCAAGAAGAAGAAAAAGAAAGUGAAAGUAAAAACCUGGAGCGGCUCCAAGCAAAGAACAGCUGCUGUUUCCUCUGAGACAGAAAUUCACUUUUAAAUUCGCUUCAGGAACAGAAGGAGAGAGAGACGAGAGAGAAAAUGGCUUCCGGCUCCGAGAAGAAUCUCUCCUGCCCCAUCUGCCACGAAAUCUUCACGGAUCCUGUGGUUCUGUCGUGCAGCCACAGCUUCUGCCAGGCCUGCGUCCAGUCCUGGUGGAAGGAAAAGCUAAUAAACGAGUGUCCGGUUUGCAAGGAAAGGCCUCUGAGCAACCCGCCCAUCAGCUCGGCUUUGAGGAAUCUGUGUUUAGCGGAAAAAACGAGGCUCUCUGCGGGAGCGGAGCCGGGACUCUGCAGCCAGCACAGCGAGAAGCUGAAGCUGUUCUGCCUGGACCACCAGCAGUCCGUCUGCGUCGUCUGCAGGGACUCCAAAGCUCACAGCAACCACAGGUUUAGACCCAUCGACGAGGCGGCGGAGGAGCGCAGGGAGGAGGUCCGGGAGUCCCUCACGGCUCUGCGGGAACAGCUGAAGCUCUUCGAAGAGGCGAAGGGGAGCCGCGACCAAAACGCCAAACACAUCAAGAGCCAGAACAGAAACACGGAGAAGCAGAUCCGGGAUCAGUUCAGGAAGUUUCACCAGCUUCUGCAGGAGGAAGAGGAGGCGCGCAUCGCCGCGCUGAGGGAGGAAGAGCGGCAGAAAAGCAAAGCGCUGAGGGAGGAAUCGGAAGCUCUCGGCAGGAUUAUCUCCGAUUUCUCCACCACAAUCAGAGAGACGGAGAAGCAGCUGAAGGCCGACAGCGUUUCCUUCCUGCACUCCUACAAAGCCGCCUUAAAAACAGCGGAACAGCGCCGCCUGCAGGACGACCCGGCACCGUCCGCCGGCGCGCUGCUGGACGUGGCAAAGCAUCUGGGCAACCUGACCUUCAACAUCUGGAUCCAGAUGAAGGCGGCCGUCUGCUUCUCCGCCGUGGUUCUGGACCCAAACACUGCUCACCCCGAGCUGACCCCGGACGACGACCUGAGCGCCGCGACGCACGGAGAGCGGCUCAAGCUGCCGGACAACCCGGAGCGGUUCGGCUGGUGCCGCGCCGUGCUCGGCUCGGACGGGUUCACUUCCGGGUCGCACAGCUGGGAGGUCGAGGUCGGAGAAGGCGGCGGCUGGGAGGUGGGCGUGGCGGCGGAGUCCGCGGACAGGAAGGGGUCCGUCGGGUCGGGGUCGUGGAGGAUCGGUCUGGACGGCGCCUUUCUGGCCUUUUUCCCUCCAGGGAGAAGUUCGGUUCUGUCCGUCAAGCCGCCCCGGAGGAUCCGAGUCCAUCUGGACUGGGAGAGGGGGAAGCUGUCGUUCUCAGACGCCGAUACCGGCGGACACAUCCACACCUUCAGCCACUGCUUCACUGAGAAACUGUUUCCGUUUUUCAGCGUCAAGAAGGAGAAAACGCUGAAAAUAUCAACAACAGCAGUUUCUGCCUCUGUGGGCCAGUGAUGGGAGGAAAGUUCAGGUUCAGCAGAAAAGAAAUGAUCAUUAUGCACCAAAAUAUCACCUGCUGACAGGAGCCUGCAUGGUUUUCUCUCUAUGCCUGCUAAUUAUUUCCAUUUUCUUUGCCAUAUUAGGCCAAAGAGGAGAACAUUUCUGGCCAAAAGCUCAGAAAUGUUUCAAUAAUAAUAAUCUCAGAAGUUUUCUAGAAAAAAAACAAGAAAGUUCCUGAGCUUGAGAAGCUGGCAGUUCACUUAAAAAUGAUUCAGCUCAGAAAUAUUUACAAAAAGGAAGAACAUUUCUGAGUUUAAAAAGUAAAAAACCUGCAAGACAUUUUCUAGAAAAAUCUUUGGUAAAGAACUCAGAUUUUUUCUUUAGAUUAAACUCAGAAAUGUUCUAAAGAAAAAAACUAAAAAGGAAUUUCUGAGCUUGAAAAGUCUAAAAUUUCCUAUAUCUAGAAUUGAAAUAACACACAUGCUGUGUUAAAAUCAACAGGUUUUAUUCAAAUUCUUCUCGGCUUUGUUGAAUCUAGAUGAUGAUAUUAUGUUUUUAGUUUUGUCUUUUCCAUAGAAAAAUCUGCAGAUAUUUUUCACAUUAUUUUUUCUAGAAUUGUGUAAAUUAUUCUGAAAAUCUGCAUGUUUGCUCAUUUUUUAACCAAUCAUGUCUAAAAGCUGAAAUACUUCGGCACAUCGCUACUUGACUCGCUAUUGGCUGCCCUUUGAGCAGCAGCCAAUCCAGGAGCGCCAUUUCUUUUCCUUGGCGCUGAUUGGCUGGAGGCCAAAUCGUGGUAAUAAGGACGACUGUAGAUGUUAGCUUCUGCUAAGAUGGUUUCCACUGUUUACAUAUUUUAUUUAUUCAACAUAUCAAUCUGAUAAAUAAAAAAGCCUGACAUUAAACCAUCUUUAUUUCUGUUUCAUAGCCAUUUGUGUUUUGGGAUGAGUUUUAUUUAUAUAAUAUUGGUAAAUAUCAAUAGCGUGGGGUAACAAUAUCGACCCAGAUUUUCAUUUUACGUGUCAAAACCUUGGUAAAAGUUCGUCAGAUCGUUAUUUUCUUGAAAUGAUCAUUUUUCUUUUUUAGGGUUUUGUUCUUGAAGUUUUGGCUGAAACAUGUUAAACUGACCAAAAUAAAAUCAUUUCUGUGGAUUUUUCUUAAUGCUUCUGUGGUUUCAAGGCUGACAUGAAUGUUUAGUUUUUCAUUUCAAUAUAAAGUUAUGGUUCUUUGUUUUUUAAAGUGUAAAGAAGCUGGUUUCUCUGUGCUGUUGUGUUAUUGUAUUAUAACUCACUGACAUUUGACAUAACUGACAUCUAGUUAUGCUAAAUCAAUGUAAUAUGGCUAAAUGUAUUGCUAAUAAAUACUUACAGUGCAA